AUGCUUAGUUCCCAUCUAACCGUUCUGGAGUCGAGCUCCAAACAAUAUUCCAACAAAACCCUCUUCCGAACUCCCCAAAUUAACUCCAGUGGAUCCGUUGAGGCAUGGAACUCCAUAUCAUACGCAGAAUUUCAUCGAGAUGUCGAGCUAUAUGCGCGCUAUUGGACACGCGUAUUUUCUGAAGAGUCAAUACCUAAGCGUUCAGUAAUUGGGAUGUGGAUCAGUGGAUUCACAUAUAUCGAUGUUCUCCACAUCUAUGGUAUCUCAAGAGCAGGAUAUAUUCCACAACUAUUCAGUCUGCGACUACCAAAUCCCUCUGUAAUUUACGAACUACUGCAUAAAGCCAGCGCCAAAGCUCUAAUUUACGAUCCAUCGUUCGAAUCAAUAUUAAUCGACUGCCCCGUACCGGCCCAUCGUAUUCUUUCAUCAGAACGGAUAGAAAGCGUCGAGGAGUCACUUCCGAGUAUCCUAAAUAUUCAUGAGGACGAUAUCGCAUUCUAUUUCCACACUAGUGGGUCGACGUCUGGCAGCCCAAAGCUUGUGCCUAUGUCCUUCCGUUGGCUGAACUCCGUCGCUGUUAAAUCACAUCACAUCAGCAUGCCGCAAAACCAAGAACGUCAAGAUGUUACGGUGGCUAUGGGUAGCAUGUGCCAUAUCGGUCAGACAUUCAUGUUUGUUGGUACACUGCAGCAUGGGUCAUGUGUAAUUCUACCCACUACCAUCGCAUUCUCAUCCGAGGAGCUCGUUGACAUGAUCAUUCGUUGCGGACUCAACCGUCUCAACCAAUUCGCCGCUUUCCUGAUGAAACACUUCAGAAAUGCUCGACAGGACGCUAAACUCCUUUCAAUCAUGAAAAACCUGGACGAUGUUCUCUACUCAGGAAUGGCGCUCCCAUACGAGGACGAGCAGUGGGCACUCAAGAGCGGCAUCAGAUUAAGGAAUCUGUUCGGAAGCACAGAGAUGGGCGGGAUGCUCCUCGCAGGCGAGCACGAGCUUAACAGAGCACUUCUACGACCCCUUCCGGGUACAUCUUACCGUUUCGAUCCCAUCGAGGCACCUGAGGAAGAGGGAGUUCAUCAGUCCACUGCUGCCCUCUUCGAGCUUGUAAUUCUCUCAGACUCUCCAGACUGUCCUCAUCAAUCUCUACGACAUGCUGACGGUCACUUCCACACUGGAGAUCUUUUCCAACAGAUCCUUCCGGGCUGGUGGGUUUCUCGGGGACGAGACGACGACUGGAUCAAGUCAGAAACCAGUCUGAGGUGCGAUACCAAGGCUAUUGAGGACAACGCAAGGGCUAUGUGCGGUUCUCUGAUCGCCGAGUGCAUCGUCGUUGGAAGCGGUCGUCCAUCGCCGGUCAUGUUUGUGGAGCCUGCAGUCGAGAUGGACCACAACAAGCUCAAAAAAGAAAUCAUUCGAAAGACUCGCCACUUCCAUUCCCGCCGCUACCUACACGAGCGCAUAACUUCCUCUGACAUGAUCGUAAUUGUCGAUCGGCAAACUCUGCCCAGGACUGCUACCAAGGGUAACAUCCGCCGGAAAGCCGUAGAGGAGCACUUCAAGGCAGAAAUUGAUCAGAUAUUCGGUUGCUCGAGAUGA